AUGACGUUCCCAGCUCCAGCCCACGCACGACGCAGUAUAGUCUGCGUCGCAGCCUUCGUCAUCCUCACCACAAUAUUCCUUGCGGCCGCCCGCCUCGCCUCUCUAGACCUCACACCGACCAUCCGUCGUCGCCCCGCCGCUAAAAGUGCACUUGGGUACCUCUCGCCCGCCGACGCACCAAUGUCCUACGGCGAGACCGCCCGCCCAGGCUUCACUGACCUCUCGGUCCACAUCGCCAAUCUCCCAGAGCGUCACCUCCCCUCCCGAGCGAACCCGAGCCGCAGGCUCGUCGUCGUCGGCGAUGUCCACGGCAUGCGCGCCUCCCUCGACAGGCUGCUCGAGGAGCUGCACUUCGACACUGCCCGCGGCGACCACCUCGUCCUCGCCGGCGACAUGAUCAACAAGGGCCCCGACUCUCGCGGCGUCCUGGAUCUGGCCAUGCGCCUCGGCGCCUCCGCCGUGCGCGGGAACCACGAGGACCGCGUGCUGCUCGCGCACCAGAAUAUGAAGACCACCUACGUCGCCGAUGAGGACGCUCACGGCGGACCUGUCAACAAGAAAGAGGAAGAUGAAGAGGAGGACGAAGAGGAGGGAGAGUCCAAAGCAGAGAACAAGGAGGGCUCCAGCACGGACAAUCAGUCAGAAGAAUCGUCAAGCGACAAUGCCUCACCCAAGAGCGAAGGCCAGGACGAGGCCGAAGACGAGGCACCCCCAGAAGAAACCGAACCAGACGACCUCGAACCCGCAAUCUUCCCCCACGGCGACUCCAAAGAACGCGCCACCGCCCGCUCCCUAACCCGCAAGCAGCUCAAAUGGCUCGCCACCCUCCCCGUGAUCCUCGACGUCGGCACCGUUGAUUCCAUCGGCAACCUCGUUGUCGUCCACGCCGGGCUCGUCCCCGGCCUCGCCCUCAAACGCCAAGACCCCUGGGCCGUCAUGAACAUGCGCGGCCUCGUCUACCCGCGCGAGGAGCUCCGUCGACAAGAGGCCCACCGCGCCCUCGAAGAGUACCGCAGGUCCCACACCGCCGCGCCGGGCGUCACCGAGACCAUGAUUCAGCGCGAGCACGAGCGGAGGAGGAAGCCCCACGAUCGCAAGAUUGCCAUCCCCACCGAUCGCCGAGGCGGCUCGAGCAGCUGGCCAAAGGCGUGGAACGCGCACCAAAAGGCACUUCCCGAGAAGGAACCCCGGACCGCCGUCGCGUACGGCCACGAUUCCAAGACGGGUCUUAACAUUGCCCAGUAUACGUUUGGUCUCGAUUCCGGUUGCGUCAACGGCGGGGAGCUGACCGCGCUCGUCAUCGAGGCCUCGGCCGAGGGCGGCGUCACGCAUUUUAUCAAGAGCGUCAAGUGCGACAAGGACGAGGGGAGAAAGGACAAGAAGAAGAAGAAGCAUAGGAAGAGCAAGAAAGGCAAGAAGAGAAGCGAGGAGCAGGGGGACGAGGCCAAGUCAUAG